GUCGUUGUGUGUUGUGUUGCUUAAAAUACGUCUAGUCUGUCAUUGCGUCUCGCAGAGCUCAGACGCAGAAAUUAUUUUGCAUAGCCGAAUGCACGAAAGAGGAAGAGGGAAAAAAGACGACAACGGUAAUCACACUCAAAUCGGUUGUUCCGUGGUAUUUUGCGUGCUCAUUGCCCGAGUGUGUGCGUGUAUGUAUGUAGUGGUGCGCAUCAUAUGAGUAAAUGUGUGCAUGUGUGUAUCGGACGAAUAAGAGAGCAAAAAAAGGCGAACAAAUUCGCUGUGUGUAUCUGUGGUAUGUGUAUCGAAAUGAUUGAUUGCAAUUGAAAGAGAGCUGCAGACUGCAAAGUGAUAAGAAACGCGAGCGGAGAAAAAAAAAACAGAGAGAAAAAAACGAGUAGCGAAAGAAGGUUUCAUUGGGCGCUUGUAAAAAUGUCGAAUUCCAAUGAAUUUCAUGCAAAAAGCGGCUAAACCAAAUCGGAACACAUCGAGACAGAGACUACGCGCUGUUCGACCGAAAUAAAAGAAUCCCAUAUAGCGUUCAAAUUAGAAUAUACAGCGAAAGGUAUCAUGGAUUUGACGGAAACGAUGAAGCAAGUGUUGGCCAAAGUGUCAGGCAAUGCAGCACAAGGAUUGAUGAAUUCGCCAGUUAACAAUCCAGCCGCAAUGGCACUUCUCCAGCAGCAUCAUGCCCAGCAACAGCAACAACAACAGCAGCAGCAACAGCAACAACAGCAAAAGGCACAUACUGGUGAUAUGCAAUCGAACAACGGUGUUGGUUAUGUCAACGAAAAGCUAUACAUGCUGCUUCAAUUGUAUUUGCAAAACAAAGGCUGGAAUCCAAGUAUUGAACUGUUGCAAUGCUUUUCCGAGCUAAAAGACAGCGCGAUGUUGCCAAGUGCAGCUUAUUUACAGGUUUUGGCCAAUCGAUUAUCGUUGGAUGGCCAAGGGCGGUUAGUGCUUCGUGAAUCGGGCAAAAUCGUAUUACCGUACGAACAUUUUGCAAAUGCGGUAAUGCUAAAACAUAUGACUGGGCCGCAUGGAAUGCACCUGAGUCUUGAUGCUACAAUUCGUUCCGUCAUGGAAUCCUAUACGAUUGGCCGUGAGAAUUUUGGCAUGGAAAAAGAAUUUAUCGUUGAAGUCGUCCAAUCAUGCCCGAAUCAAGCUUGUCGUUAUUACAAAACUCAUUUGGGUGGUGCGGUGCCACCGUUUAUGGAUGCUGCUUUUCAAUCAGCCGCUCAAUCGAAUCCAGAGUUUUUGCAACAUUUGCCUCAACCACCAAUUCUGCCACAACAAUCGGUUCCAUCUUCACAGUCGUCGGGAAAUACACCCAGCGCAGGCCUUAUCGAUAUGACACAAAUGGAUGCGAACAAUGCUGCGCAUCUGUCGUCGAAACAGCAACACAACAAUGCAAAUGCUCAAAUUCAGCAGCAACGAGCUGCUCUGUCGGCUGCCGAAAAACACUUAAAAAUGGGACCAAAUUCAUCACAGCAAAUUACAGCCGCUAUCAUUCAGCAACAAAAUCGAGCCAUUGCACAACAGAAUUUGGAGAAAUUCAACAGCAUGACGCCCGUUGAGAAGCAGCGUCUGUUCAAAAAGUUUGAUAAGAAACAAUUCGACGCUCCGAUGCUUCAUUCGGAAAACAAUCUUAAUCGCUCGCUUGAACGUAGUAUUCAACCACCGCAACUACCGUCACGUUCGCCGCAAAUCCCAAUGAACACAAACGCUCCGCUCGAUCUUCAACAACAAUCAAAGCCACAAAUUUCGCACAAGCAAUCGCAACAACUGAAUGGUGCUUGGAAUUCAUAUUCCGCUCAGCAGCAAUCGUUGCCAAAUUUGUCCAAUCGCACAGAUAUAGGCCAAACAACGAUUACACUCUCAAAUCUAAACGCACAUCAAUCAUCGCACACACAACCGGCAAUGCCUCCGCAAAUUCCGGCCGCACACAAUCAGUCCCAGGUGCAGUCGAUGCAAACACAACAAAACUAUCAACAACAGCAACAGCAGCAGCAGCAACAACAACAGUCACAACAGCAGCCUUCGAUUGGCCAGGAGAAUAUCGUACGCGUUUUUGACGAAUUAAUGAAAAACAUUGCACGAAUGAAGAUGUUUGUUCGACCCUCAAUGUGCAAACCGUAUGGCAAACAGAGCGAAAGCUUGCAGAAGACUUUAAUGGACACCAUUCAAAUUGUUCAAUCGCUGCGGAAUUGUAUACCAGCGCCAACGAUCCCAAUCAACACAUGGAAAAGUGAAGAUCGCAACCUUAACUGACAUUCGAGUGUGUCCGAUGACUUUUACUUUGAAGGUCAAUCGGAGAAUUAUCGAUUGCCGUCGGGCAAAAAUUGACACGAUUACAUUCAACAGAUUAACUGUACGUAUUUCAAUCGGUUCCUGAUCUGAACGACUCAAUUUCCUUUCUGUGUUCCUUUAUUUAAUUAUGAUUUUUCUCUCUCUCUCUAGUUUCUAUUCUAAAUCGAAAAAUAUUUAUUAUUAUUUUUUCUAUUAUUCUCGCUAAUCAAAUUGUACCCUAAGAUUGCAUUUAAUUGUAAUUUUUGUUCCUCUUUUAAUUUUCAUUGUGAGUAAUGCAAAAACAAAGACUUGAUGUAAAUUAUGUUAUGCUUUGAACAUAUUUACGAACUUACAUAACAGCAACAAAAAUCAUUUCUUGUGAUUCAAAAUCACAUUAAAUUAUUAUAAAACGAUAUCGAAAGAAAAACAUCACUGUAAUUUAAGUAAUAGUGCUUCUCCCAUUCAUCCAUGGUCUUGCGAGUGGAGCGCAAAUUUUUAAGGAAUCGCUUUUAUGUAAAGAAGAAAAAAAUCCGACGAACCGAAAGUAGACAAUGCUUUCGGUUUGGUUUUCAUGUAACGGCACCACAAUGCCCCAUUAUUCCGUUCUUCCCCUCGUUACAGAGACGUAUGCAUUAUGUUAUUUUAUGACUGUAUUUAAAUUUUAGAAUAAGGCAGCGAGCUAGGAAGUAGUGUUCGAGGCAAGAAUGCUUGUCAUAGAGAAGCAAAUCGGUUCAUUAGGAGGCCAGUUUGUUAUUCAUAGACAGUGUUUUUCUCGAACAUUCGGUUUCCUAUCAUUCGAAUUGCAAAUAUUGCUGAUUAACUUGGACUGGACUUUGAAUAGUGUCAAGCAAGCCGAGCGAAAUUAAUAAGAAAAAUUUAACCGUUAUUCUAUGCGAAAAUUAAAACAUAACACAAAAUGAGGCUAUCUUAUUCUAAUGGUUAUAUUUUUCAUAUUACUUUGGUCACACACUCAUUAUCUCAUUUUAUUUAAACAUUGAAAACUUAUCGAAAUUUUUCUAAACUCCCAGGCUUAUUCAGUCAAAGACAAUUUUGAUACAGAAAGAAAAUCAUAAUAAAAAAAAUGGACUUUUAUCAUAAAUUUAUAAUAAUUAAAUUAUGCUAAUAAUUUAAGAUUUGACAAAAAAAAAAUUUAUGAAUUCGAGUAGAAACAAUUGAUCGAAAACGCUCUAAAUUAAUUUUGAAUCAAAGAGAAAAAAAAUACUAAGCACAAAGAUUCUUCUUUUCUAAAUCGAAAUCAUCUGAAUGUGAAAUUAAUGCCAAAAAAAAACAUUUUAUCUAAAACAAUCUAUUAAUGUCAUUUUUUCGGUUUUCAAAAAAAAAACUCGGCGUGACGUCAGAAACAAAAAUGCAAUCGGCAAUAUUCUGUGAUAGACAAUUAGAAUGAAAUGAAAUGAGUGACGAUGAAGAUAGAGUUGAACGCAUAUUGCAUCACCCGGUUCAGUUUUAACUGUAUCAUUAUUAUUAUGUGUGAGUUUUCUUUUAUAUUUUAUGGUUAUACUUUUUUUUUGGUUAAUUUUUGUUUUACAUCGAGUUAGGAAUCAUUUUUUGAAUAAUUUAUUCUACUUUUACGUCGAAUCAUGUGGACGAAAUUAGUCUAUUGGCAAUAUCAAGAUUUACAACAAGAAAAAAAUUAAACGAUUCAUAGUGCAAAUGUUACAUUUUAACGCUUAGCGAAAACGAAUAAAUAGCCGACGAAAAGCGGAUUAUUUUUCGCAAAAUUUCUGGAGGGUUGGUUUUGUUGGAGUUGCCAUCAUCGCAGUCUGUAAUUUGUGAUUUGGUUUAUCAUGAACGCAGCCAACAUAUUCAUUUUUGAAAUUAAUUGCUUUAAUGGUUGUGUUAGGAAGGAAGUUCAAGAAAUUAGAAUUAAUAAUAAGCAGAUGGAUAAUUUUACGGUGGAAAAAGUCAGUUUUUUAUUUGCCGAUUCAAUGCUCAAGUCAAACAUCAGAAGACUUUCUUUUUUUCUGUUCUCAGCAAAUAAGUUUUAUUCAAAUCCGUUAGUUUUGCAACCUUCGUUCAAGUUUUCACAUAAAAUCACAUCAGUGCAAUGAAAAAAUCCACAUUUUUUCCUUAAAUAAUUCCAUUUCCAUACAGUUUUUGUUUGACACUUCAAACAAUUGAAAUACAUAAAUAUCUCAAUUCAAUAUCAAUAUCACAUGCAAUUGCGCAUUCUUUUUCUAAAGAAAAACGUAAUUUAAGCUAAAAAGAAAAUGCAACAGUAAAGCCAAGAUGCUUCACACAUCAAUAACCGAAAUUUACAAUUAAGAGAGCAUAGAACGUAAAGAAAUUUAUUCCAAAGUACGGAAAUUCAUUUUAAAUUGAAAAUAUUUGUUCAUUCUGUCUCGUUUUGUUUAGUGACCAAUUACUUUUUGAAAAAUAAAGUUUUUUUGUAAAUUUUUCCUUGAUGAAAAAAAAAAAACAAAACACAUUUUUUAUGCUUCAAAAUUACAGCUAUUUCUUUGUAAAUCCAAAUUAAGCAUUUAAUAAUAAAAACAAACGCAAUUAUUCAAAUACAUCAUGAA